CUGUCUUUUAUAAAUGUGAUCAAACUAAAGACUCUAAAGCGGGUUAUUUAAAGUAUGCGAUACUAUUCUGUAAGUAGGCUACUCAAGAUUAACAUGAGACAUACAGAAACUGUCUGUGAUACGGCUGCUUUAAGAUGAUGUGAUCGAAACCUCUCCAAGAACCAGAUGUUGUCAAGGACAAUCUUCCAGUAAAUCUUCAAAAAGUAGAUAAAGUCAUGGACAAUCAUUCAGGAAUUGAAAAACUAUGUUAUUCAGUGGCGACUUUAAUGAGACAUCAAGAACCACCUGAUGUCACUGACAAUUCUCAAUUGAAUCUUCAAAAACCAGAUGAAACCUUGGACAAUUCUCAAAUGAACCUCCAAAAAACAAAUGAUGUCAUGGACAAUAACUUGGUGAAUCUUCAAAAAACGGGUGUCAUGGACAAUUCUCCAGUGAAUUGUCUAAAACCAGAUGAAGUCAUUGACAGUCAUCCAGUGAAUCUUAAAAAAACACAUGAUUUCAUAGAUAAUCCUCCAGUGAAUCUUCAAAACACAGAUAAUGCCAUAGGCCGUCCUACAGUGAAUCAUCAAAAAACAGAUGAUGCCAUGGAUAGUCCUCCAGUGAAUCCUCAAAAAACUGAUAAUGCCAUUGACAGUCCUCCGGUGAAUCCCCAAAAACCAGAUGAAAUCAUGGACAGUACUAGAGGGAAUCUUCAAAAAACAGAUGAUGCGAUGGGAAGUUCUCCAUUGAACCUUCGAAAAAUAGAUGAAGUCAUGGACAGUCGUAAAGUGAAUCUUCAAAAAACAGAUGAUGCAAUGGGAAGUUCUCAAUUGAACCUUCGAAAAAUAGAUGAAGUCAUGGACAGUCGUAAAGUGAAUCUUCAAAAACCAGAUGAUGCUAUAGACAAUCCUUCACUAAGUCUUCAAAAACCAGAUAAAGUUAUAGAUAAUCUUCCACUGAAUCGUCCUCAAGUGAAUCCUAAAAAAACAGAUGAUGCUACGGACAGUGCUCCAGGAAACAUUCGAAAACCAGAUGAUGCCACGGACAGUCCUCCAGUUAAUCUUCAAAAACCAGAUGAAAUCAUGAGCAGUCUUGCAGGGAAUCUUCAAAAAACAGAUGAUGCAAUGGGCAGUUCUCCAUUGAAGCUUUGGAAAAUGGAUGAAGUCAUGGACAGUCGUAAAGUGAAUCUUCAAAAACCAGAUGAUGUUAUAGACAAUAAUUCACAAAGUCUUCAAAAACCAGAUACAGUUAUAGAUAAUCUUCCACCGAAUCUACAAAACACAGAUGAUGCCAUGGGCCGUACUCAAGUGAAUCCAGAAAAAACAGAUGAUGCCAUUGACAGUCCUCCAGUGAAUCCCCAAAAACCGGAUGAAACCAUGGACAGUCCUAGAGGGAGUCUUCUAAAACCAGAUAAAGUUAUAGAUAAUCUUCCCCUGAAUCUUCAAAACAAAGAUGAUGCCAUGGGCCAUCCUCAAGUGAAUCCUGAAAAAACAGAUGAUGCCAUAGAAAGUGUUCCAGUGAACAUUCAAAAACCAGAUGAUGCCACGGAUAGUCCUCCAGUUAAUCUUCGAAAACCAGAUAAAAUCAUAGACAGUCCAAGAGGGAAUCUUCAAAAACCAGAUAAAGUUAUAGAUAAUCUUCCCUUGAAUCUUCAAAACAAAGAUGAUGCCAUGGGCCGUCCUCAAGUGAAUCCUGAAAAAACAGAUGAUUCCAUGGACAGUGCUCCAGGAAACCUUCAAAAAACAGAUGAUGCAAUGGGCAGUUCUCCAGUGAACAUUCAAAAACCAGAUGAUGCCACGGACAGUCCUCCAGUUAAUCUUCGAAAACCAGAUGAAAUCAUGAGCAGUCUUGCAGGGAAUCUUCAAAAAACAGAUAAUGCAAUGGGCAGUUCUCCAUUGAAGCUUCGGAAAAUAGACGAAGUCAUGGACAGUCGUAAAGUGAAUCUUCAAAAACCAGAUGAUGUUCUUGACAAUCCUUCACAAAGUCUUCAAAAACCAGAUAAAGUUAUAGAUAAUCUUCCACUGAAUCUACAAAACACAGAUGAUGCCAUGGGCCGUCCUCAAGUGAAUCCUGCAAAAACAGAUGAUGCCAUAGAAAGUGCUCCAUUGAAGCUUCGGAAAAUAGAUGAAGUCAUGGACAGUCGUAAAAUGAAUCUUCAAAAACCAGAUGAUGUUCUUGACAAUCCUUCAAAAAGUCUUCAAAAACCAGAUAAAGUUAUAGAUAAUCUUCCACUGAAUCUGCCAAACACAGAUGAUGCCAUGGGCCGUCCUCAAGUGAAUCCUGCAAAAACAGAUGAUGCCAUAGAAAGUGCUCCAGGAAACCUUCAAAAAACAGUUGAUGCAAUGGGCAGUUCUCCAGUAAAUCUUCGAAAACCAGAUGAUGCCACGGACAGUCCUCCACUUAAUCUUCAAAAACCAGUUGAAAUCAUUGAAAGUCCUGCAGUGAAUCUUCAUAAAACAUAUGAUUUCAUUGACAUUUCUUCAGUAAUUCCCCAGAAACCAGAUAAUGUCAUGGACAAUCUUCCAGUGAAUCUUCAAAUACCAGAAGAUGUCAUGGACCAUUCUCAAGUGAAUCUCCAAAAUAAAGGAUUUGUCAUAAACAACCCUCCAUUGCAGUGCCAUGCAGAGACCUUUGGAGCAGCAAGUACUCAUAACUCUUCAAAUGCGUUCCAGCAUUCGCAAUCACGUUCUUCGCACUCGCGUUGUGACAGGACACGCUCACCUUCCCGUCUGUUCACAAAAAGACCAUCAAAAAGGGAGCUUUGGGGAAGGGUUCUGUACAUGCCUGCUGGAGUGAAUCUUGAAGAACCAGCUGAGGUCAUGGGAAAUCCUUCAGUAAAUCUUAAAAAAAAAAAAAAUUGUCGUGGGCAAUCCUCCACUAAAUCUUCAAAGAAUUGAUGAUGACAUGGAUAAUCCUCCAGUAAUUGUUCAAAAACCAGAUAACGUCAUGGACAAGACUCCAGUAAAUCUUCAAAAAAAACAGAUUAUGAAAAAUUUAAUUUUUGAAAAUGAAAAUGUUUUCAUUCUAUUUUGUUGUGUUGGUACGCUGUAUUUUUUUGUUAUCAUGUCUUAAAUCCACUUUAAACCAAUCAAAUUUUAGAACCAAACUCUUCAUACUGUAUAUACAGUACACCUUUUACUUGUCAUAUACCUUAUUUGAUGUGUGUUUGAAAAAAAACAUUAGAGGGCAGGGACUGGCGCCAUCGCACCAGUUUUACUGGCCAAAAGACUACGCUGGUUGUGGGAAAACAUUAAUAAUGCAAAUAUAUGUUCAGAAGAUGUGAUAGAAACCUCUCCUAGAACCAGAUGCUGUCAUGGACAAGCCUCCAGUAAAUCUUCAAAAAACAGAUGAUGCCAUGGACAACAUUUCACUCAAUCUUAAAAAAACAAACGUCAGGGACAGUCCUCCAGUAAUUCCCCAAAACCAGAUAUUGUCAUGGACAAGCCUCCAGUGAAUCUUCAAAAACAAGAUGAUGUCUUGGACAAUCCUCCAGUGAAUAUUCAAGUACAACACUGCAUGAAAAGAGCUGUAUCGGGACAAACGUGGGCGUGGGAAAUCACAGUUAAACUUCAAGUUUGCCAGAUGUUUAAGGCAGAGUGCUUGGAAAGUUAGCAUACAAAAUAAAAUUUCGUGGAACAUCUAGAUACCUCAUGUAUGUGGAUGUAUACAGGAAUCUGUGGAAGUUCCUAGGAAUUGCUAUAAGGUGUGAUGGCUGUGAGCAUGGGCGUAAAUCUCAUUUAAAAGUAUGGGGGUACAAUACAUAUACAAUUUCUCAAGAGCAUUUUUUGAAGAGGACACAAAUAAUACAGUCAAAAUUAUACUAACUACGACACUAAGCGACAAUAUGCAUUAGGUUUAUCAUGCAGAUUGCGGUCAUAUUAUAACUGAACCGAAGUGUCACUGAACAAUAAAGCUUUUUUCCAUUCACA